AUCUCUAGGAGAGAGCAUUAAAGCCUGCUUCGCUUGCUUAUCAAACAGGUUAUGAAACAUACAGAACAGAGGUCCAAGAAAAGAAUGACUUCUAAUUUUUCCAGUAUGGAACCUGACAGAGCAUUAAGAACAAAACUUCACCAGCUGGAAUGUCACUUCACAUGGGCUCUGAUAAAAGAUGAUAUUGAUGUAAACGAUCUUCUCAAUAGGCUUGCUGAACAGAUUAAUUUGGACCUCGAAAAGAAGGAAAGACUUGCUCGAACAUACAGUGCAUUGGCGUAUGUCCAGUUCCUUCAGGAGUUUCACGAGGAAGCUCAUCAGAGCCUCAUGACAUCCAAGGAGUUCCACAUUGAAAGCCAUGGGGAUGAAUUUCACAAAACUCUCAUUGUCACUUAUGGAAACCUUGCCUGGUUAUACUACCACAUGAAGAACUUCACAGAGUGUGAAAGUUACCUAAAGAAGCUUCAGAGGAUUAACGAAACAUCUGCUGAGUUUUCAUCUAUUCCAGAGGUGCUUGGUGAGAAGGGAUGGACUUUCCUAAAAUUCUCACGCAAAUAUUACGACGGAGCCAAAGAUUGUUUUAGGAAGGCUGUAGAAUUGCAACCCGAGGAACCUGAGUGGCACACUGGUUAUGCCAUUGCUCUGUAUCGCACUGAAUUUGAGAGUAUGGAUUUAGAAGAUUCAGCUACAAUCAAGCAGCUGAGACUGGCCACUACGAUGAAUCCAGAUGAUGACGUUCUCAAGGUUCUCCUAAGCUUGCGACUGAUUGUUUACAAGAGGUACAAAGAGGCUGAAAGCUGGGUAGAAAAGGCUUUAGAAAAAUCACCAGAUCACCCACAUGUCAUGCGAUAUGUUGGGAAAUUCUUUAGGAAUAAAGGGUAUGUUGAUAGGUCAAUUGAUUUGUUAAAGAGAGCACUUGAACGUUCACCUAAUUCAAGUUUCAUACAUCAUCAGCUGGCUCUUUGUUACAAGUUCAAGAAAAUCCAAGUUCUGCAAGAACAAAGUCACCAUGCCAAAGCAUCAAGAGUUCAACAGCUUCGUGAUCAGUGCAUUGAUCAUUUAGAAAAGGCCACCAGCCUGACAACCUCCUUUAUUUCUGCAAUGAGCGAUCUAGCGCUACAGUAUGGAGAGAAUGGUGAUAUACCUCGAGCUGAGGAGCAGUUCAAAGUCACUUUCAAAAGUGCAGAAGAGAAAAAUUACAGUUUACAUGUGGUCAACUACUAUUUUGGUGAAUACCAGAUGUACUGCCACAGAUGUGAGCCAUUAGCCAUCCAACACUACAUGAAAUGUCUAACCAUGUGCCCAGAAUCAGUUGAAGGCAGGAUAAGUUCCACCAGAAUGAAGAAGACUGCUGAGAAAUGGAUUAACAAAAAAUCGCAGGAAGGGAAAGCUUAUGGUAUGCUAGCGUUUCUUCAUAAGGUAAAAGGAGAGAUACCUCAAGCCAUUGAAUGCUAUGAGAAAGCCCUGGGUUAUGAAGAUAAUGAUGAGUUCCUCACAAACCUUAGAAAACUCAAACUGUCUUUACUGUGAAGUCAUCACUUGUUAUUGCUCACAUAAUCUGAUGUACAGUAUUCAAUAUGCAUUUGUGCAUCACUGGCACUUUAUGGCUAUUUAUUCUUUGGCACUUUAUGACUUGGUGAUUAUUUUAUGCUUAUUCUGUGGUGAUUGAAGGACUCUUACCAACUGUCUCCAUCUAUUUACUUUUUUUUUCUUCUGUUCAACACAAAAGAUAUUUUGAAGAAUGUUAGUAGUUAUUUGACAGUCUUCACUGUCAGAAAAGAAAUAUUAUGUAUGUCA